AUGCCGUUCCCAAUAGCGCCCGCGCUCCUCGUCGGCAUCGGCGCGCGCAUCCUCGUCGACGCCUUCUCCUCAGAUCCCUCCUCCCCGCUCCGCUCGGCCCUUCUCCAGGGCGCCUGGCAGGGCAUCGCACUCUCCCAUGCAGUCCGCUCCUCCCCCGACCUCGCUCUCCCCGCCGUCCUGGCCCUUGGUGUCGGCGCGAAGGUCGUCUUCGACAUCACCGCCGCCUCCACCGCCGAGCCCAUCGACACGGAGGGCACCGGUGUCCUCGAGGGCGCCCUCGCUUCCUCCGGCACCGGCCGCGCCGUCGCAACCCUCAUCGGCCUCGCGCUUGGGUUCGUCGGAGCCGACAUGCUCGCCGCCAUCAUGGAGGACGCAGAUGGUGAGAAGGACAAGGACAAAGACAAGAAGAAAGAGCGCGAGAAGGAGAAGGAGAAGGAACGCGACCGCCGCCGUUCCGGGCGCGAGAAGGAGCGGCACAAGGAGGACAGGCAUCGCGAGGAGCGGCGCGAGCGGCACCGUGACACCGGGGACGAGCGCGCGGCCCCCGUGCGCAAGGAGCGCCAGCGCCGCGUCAGCGGGCCCAUACCACCGAUGCCCCGGCCACCAGCCCCGUACCCCAAUCUCCCCUACGCCGACUCGACCCCGACUCCAUCCACUACCUCCCAAUCACACAUAUUCUCGAACAAUGGCUACGAAGACAUCACGACCGUCGACACGAACUCUACACUCAUAUCCUCCUCGCGAACCCCCCAAGAGCGCGAGAUUGCCGCCCUGCGUGCCCGCGCGAGUCUCGCGGACAGUGAGCGGAGAAGAUUCAAGGAAGAAAAGAAGUGGGCACUGGCUGCCGGCGACACUGCAAGGGCCUCACAGAUGGCCUGGCAAGUGAAGCGCUACAAGGCGCUUAUGCGCAGCUUCACGCGCGAGGCAGACGCCAAAGUCGUCGCACUCAACACCGCCCCCACCUCCAAACCGCCACCCCCCGUCGCCGCCCUCCCGACACGCUCCUCCUCCCCCGAAUCCUUCACGAAACCGAUGCCCGCACCUCAUCCCGCCCCCAUCAAGACCGCUGCCGAGAACGUCUGGAUCACGAACGGCGACAGCCGCCGCUCCGUCAUCAGCGUCGACAUCGCCAAGGCGCAGCAGCCCAUACGUGUGAACGUGGUAUAG